AUCGUAGUGUAUAACUCUGAGUACGCUUUUUGUGCAUACGUACUCUUACACGUUUUUUUUUGCGUACUUUUUUUAUUUGUUGGAAAAUUAAUAAAUGUACCCACAGAAAGCAAGGGCAAAAAGGAGGAUGUUAAGGGAACCAAGGAAGUGGAAUGACGAUCUUGUCACUAAAAUGCUUGACUAUGUAGAAGAGAAAGGAAAUUUUGAAAUGCCGACUGCUCAACUUUAUUACAAGGAAAUGUUAGAAAAUAUAGGUGAAAGUAUUCCCUGGGAUUUAAUGAAAUUUAAAAUGCGCCAUUUAAGAUUAAGACUACAAAAAACGGAGCACUGGCGUAACACGAUUGGCUUACAGAUUAAGAAAGAGAGAGGAGAUAAAACAGUUAGGGAACACAUUUUAAAAAUAUGCCCUCACUAUGACAGAUUGUUACAAAUGUUUGGGAACGGCGAUGAAAUUGUUGGAAAGAGGGCUAGAAAAUUGCUCUUAUCAUCUAUAAAACCUGAAGAAGAGGAAAGAGCAGAAGCAACACCUGACUUAAAAAUUAUGAACGUAGAAGAAAGCUAUGAAGUACCUCACCCAAGUCCUAAACAAAUUGAAUUUCUAACUACAUCUGACAUAGAAAUUACAAAUAUAGAAGAAAGCUAUCGGCAAUGUAGUUCAGAUACUAAACUAACUGAUUUACACGAAAUGAAGGAACUAUUAAAACAAGAAAGACUUAAACCUGAAACAGAAAAUUUUGAAAUGCAGUAUGAUUUGGAAAUAAAAAAACUAAAGUUGGACGAGGAGAGAAUAUUACUAACAACCAAAACGGAAAACAGGAAGUUAGAUUUAGAAGAAAGAAAACUACACUUAGAAGAGAGAAGAUUAGAAAAAGAGUUCGAGUUAAAAAAAAUGGAACUAGAAAUGAAGGAAAGAUUGGCUAAAAUCGAAUUGGAGUUAAAAUAUAAAAAAGCACAUUGUUAAAUAUUAUUUGUCAAUUUUCUAUAUACAUAUAUGUAUAUUGUUCUUCGAUUCAGUUUUAAUUUUCUCUAGGGAGACAAAAUUAAAAAAAGUUUAAGAAUCUUAAAUUGAAAAAUUGAAAAAAACGUUUUAAUAGAGUUUAAACUUAAUGUACAAUAUUACAAAAACUAUAAAAAAAGAUCAUUAACUUAUGUGCUACUUCAGAGACAAUAAUAAAAAAAUGUUCAACAUAUUAUUAUUAUUAUGUUGAGGCUAGUU